CAACUCUCUCUCCCUCUCCGGAUGCAGUCGUGCGUUUCUUUGUCUGUGAGAGGCCGCGAUGGCUUUUCCCCUUUCUCUAAACUCCAACGCGCCGCUAGAGAGGGUGAGAAGGCAGAAGCGGAGGGGACCUGAUUGAGCUUGGAGUUAAUGGCGAGCUUGAGCCCAUAAACCCUCGUUGUUUAGAUGGAAUCAAGAUACUAGGUCAAACGAGAACCCAGUAGAGAAAUUGAGGAAGACAGGAAGCAAUAGAGACUACUAUUCUGUUCCUAUGGGGGAAUGCAGUGGCCCUCAAUACCAGGGAGUUGGCGAAGGAACUCUCAAAGCAGACAGUUUUCGGAAAGUUUCAGUCAUUCCCCUUGUGUUCCUCAUCUUCUAUGAGGUGUCUGGUGGCCCCUUUGGGAUAGAGGACAGUGUUCAGGCGGCUGGCCCCCUUCUAGCUAUCCUCGGCUUCCUGAUCUUCCCAUUCAUAUGGAGCAUCCCAGAAGCACUGAUCACAGCCGAGAUGGGGACCAUGUUCCCAGAGAACGGGGGAUAUGUUGUCUGGGUCUCUUCAGCUCUGGGGCCUUUCUGGGGUUUCCAGCAAGGUUGGAUGAAAUGGCUUAGUGGUGUCAUCGACAAUGCGCUGUAUCCAGUUCUCUUUUUAGACUAUUUGAAGUCUGGCGUACCGGCUCUGGGAGCUGGGCUGCCAAGGACAUUGGCCGUGUUAAUACUCACAGUCGCGCUAACUUACAUGAACUACAGAGGCUUGACUAUAGUUGGAUGGGUAGCUGUCUUUCUUGGGGUGUUCUCGAUCCUUCCAUUCAUUUUUAUGGGGUUAGCGGCUAUCCCAAAACUCAGGCCUUCAAGGUGGUUAUCGGUCGACAUGCACAAUGUGGAUUGGAGUUUGUACUUGAAUACACUUUUUUGGAAUCUCAACUACUGGGAUUCUAUCAGUACUUUGGCAGGAGAAGUUGAUAAUCCAAGGAGAACUCUCCCAAAGGCCCUCUUGUAUGCGCUGAUCUUGGUUGUUGUCGGGUACUUAUAUCCCCUCCUGGCGGGAACAGGAGCUAUUCCUCUUGAUAGGGAGCUGUGGACAGAUGGUUAUUUUUCUGAUAUUGCGAAAAUUCUAGGUGGGGUUUGGUUGAGAUGGUGGGUCCAAGGGGCUUCGGCAUUAUCCAACAUGGGAAUGUUCGUAGCAGAAAUGAGCAGUGAUUCUUAUCAACUUCUCGGGAUGUCAGAACGUGGGAUGCUCCCAGAGUUCUUUAGUAAGAGGUCACGCUAUGGGACUCCACUUGUGGGAAUAUUGUUCUCCGCUUCUGGUGUAAUUCUGCUGUCAUGGCUGAGCUUUCAAGAGAUUGUUGCCGCGGAGAAUUUCCUUUACUGUUUUGGGAUGAUUUUGGAAUUUGUGGCCUUUGUAAAGUUACGGAUUGAGCAGCCAACUGCUCCUCGGCCUUACAGAGUUCCUUUGGAGACCACUGGUUGCAUUUUGAUGGUUCUUCCUCCCACACUGUUGAUUUGUGUGGUUCUGGCGCUUGCCUCUUUCAAAGUUAUGAUUGUUAGCGUGGUUGCAAUGCUUGUUGGAUUUGUCCUGCAACCAUGCCUGAUGUAUGUGGAGAAACGGCGGUGGCUGAGGUUCUCUGUAAGUUCUGACCUGCCUGAUUUUAGGUCUGCGGAGAAUGAGAAUGAUGCUGAAUCUCUGAUGGGUUAAACCAGUAUUGUUUGUUGACGCAAGGCUACUCCUGGUUUGGACACCUACGGUGUAUUUUCUGACAUACAGUUUUCUCUCCAUGUACGCCAGGAAAUUAUUGCGAUAUUAUGGUCAACCACAGAUAGUCUACUUCCCGUUUCAGAAAGACCAUGCAAUCAGGCAUAUUCUUCUGUCCUGCACCUACAGAUUUGCCUGUUCUUCCAUUGCAAGGCUGAUCCUUCCGAAUCUUUCAUGCUGAAGUCAAGAACAAUGCAGUGUCCUGCAGCAUUACUUCUAAGAUACCUUGUACUUCACUUUAUUGCUGGAUAAAAUAUAGCAGUAAUGCUCUGCUUGGUUGUUUUCUUAUGUGGAAGUUACGUUAGUGCAAAAUCAGAAAGUUCCACUUGAGAAGUUCAUGACUGGAAAGUGGUGCGUGUGAGUGGUAGUUGUUUAUGUUUAUAAUUUCUCAUGCUUACGCAAUUGUCAC